GCAAAUCGCGCUGGUCUGCCAGAGCCAUUAUACACAUAGCAAUUUUCACGUUUUUUUUUGUGCGCGUUAUGUCCAAACAUUAAAAAUGUCACAGCAAGAAGUAAUACUUGUAUAAUCGGUUCUGAGUUUAUUAAUUGCAGUAAGGUUAUAAUGUUUGAACAUGACUAUUUUUCUGUUUUGUUAGAAAGUGAGCCAAAUGUGUAAUGAUGGUAAAAGGAAACUGGAUUAUAUUGAUCGGUGCACAAUUAUUGAUAAAGCUUCAGACAUUUUUGUAAAUCAAUCUAUUUCUGAAACUGCUGAUAUUACAAAUAAUACAUUGCUCAUCGAUCAGCUAAAAACUCAAAAUGAUGAAGCUUCACAAUUAAUCAUCCAUCUGGAACAUGAGCAUAAUGCAAACCUAAAUAAAGUGACAAUGAUGCUUUCUGCUAUUGAACAAAUGGAGAGUAAGAUAUAUUGUAUGAAGCAAUUCAUGAAAACUAGUAGAAGUUCAAGUGGACGACGAUGGAAAAACUAUUAUGCCAAAGUACGAAAGAUGGGACCUUGUAAUUUUUAAUGAAAGUUUAUAAUUUUUAUUUUUAAUACUGUACAUUAAAUAGUUUAUUGUACAUUAAAACAUUAAAAUAAUUAUAUCUUA